AUGGUGAACGAUCGUGAGCCUAAGUCUGCUGGUGCAGUGAGCCAGAGGCUCACCUGUAUAAUGUCAGCCAUACUCGAGUCCUACGCUUCUGAUGAUAGAAGACAUCUCGAUUACGUUGGAAUUAGUAAUAGCGAAGAGUUCAGAAGAUAUGUACAUUUGGUGGAGGAUCUGCAGAGAGUAAACCUGCUGACUCUAUCCCAUGACGAAAAGUUAGCAUUCUUUUUGAAUAUUCACAAUGCUAUGGCGAUUCAUGCUGUGAUUAGAAUUGGUCAUCCUGGAGGAAUGAUCGAUCGCAGGCCCUUCUUCGCUGAAUUCAUGUAUAUAAUCGGUGGCCACCCCUACUCUUUAAGCUCUAUUAAAAACGGGAUUCUCAGAGGCAACCGAAGACCUCCGUAUGUGCUUAUAAAGCCCUUCAGUAGCGGCGACAAGCGCCUGGAGUUGGCGUUUUCAAAAGUUAAUGAAUUAAUUCAUUUCGGGAUUUGGAAUGCAACGAGGGGGAGCCCGUCGAUCAGAUUCUUCAAUCCGAAAGGAAUUGAAUCCGAAUUGAGAAGUGCUGCAAGAGAGUACUUCCAAAGGGAUGAUGGUAUGCAGGUGGAUCUUGCCAAAAGGGCUGUUUGUCUCCCCAGAAUCAUCAAAUGGUACAGUGCCGAUUUUGGGCAAGAAAAAGAAAUACUAAAGUGGAUAAUGAACUACUUGGAUGCAAGUAAGGCAGGUCUUUUGACACAUCUAUUGAGUGAUGGUGGUUCUAUCAAUAUAAUUUACCAGAAUUAUGACUGGUCUCUCAAUUCUUCUUGA